GAGGGGAGUGGAGUAGGAGUCAUUGAUUCUAGUGGGUUCCUGCCCAAAGACCCCACCUUUAUGGUCCUUUUUCAAGUACAAAACUAUUGUUGUUAUAUCAGUUUUUGUUCUUUUUUCCAACCUCCUCCCCCAUAAGGCCAAAAGCCCAAGCCAAAGAAAGACCAAGAGGACCUCAACAGGACAAGAUUUUGUGUUGAAUUUCAAUUUUCAAAAAUCCCAUGAUAAUAAUGCAUACUACUAGCUAGUAGUACUUCAUUUACUACUACAACAAAAUAAGCAUAUCACAGAAUAAUCUGACAGUUUCCUUCACAGAGAAGGGAGGAGGAGAGAAGAAAAGAAAGCAAAGCAAAGCAAAUAAAAAAAGAUAGAGACUUUGUGAAAGAUCAGAAAACAAAAGGGGUUUGUCUGUUUCAUGGAGAUUAAUCACAGUAUAUGGUGAUUUUGAAAGGAAGGAGAAGGAAAGCAUUUUUUGUUUGAUUUUUUAGAUGAAAAGGACUGGACCUGACCCCUCUCUCUUUCUGGUGUUGGUGGCUCCCUUCCUCAUAAUUUCAUUCCCUCCCUUUCCUUCUCUCAGAUAAUAUACACUUUGACAGGAUUUGACAAGAAAGCUUUGAUCUUUCCUUUUUAGCUUCCUUUUUUUUUUUUCCAGUAGAUGCUCUUAUAUUUCCCUUGAGGAAAGGAGGACUUUUUUUUUUGGUUUUGGCUAUCUAGGAAUCUCAUAGAGAAAAACAACUCAGGAGAAAAAUCCCACUUCCAGAAAUAGUUUUGUUGUUCCCCUGCUUCAACAAAAAACCCAAAUCAAUCUUCUUCUUCUUCUUCAUUUUCAGUAUUGGGUUGCUUCAGUUUCUUCAUUUUUUACAGAGAAAUGGUCUGAAAGAAUAAAAAGCUCUUCUUUUUCUUCUUUGCAUGGCGAGUCAAAGGGUAGUUGGUGAAGCUAGUUUGUCCAACUCGGGACCUUCACAUCAUCAUCAUCAUCAACUUCAUCAUCCUCAUCAUCAUCACCAUAACAAUACCAUGUCUUCUUAUGCUGUAUUUCGUGGGCUAAAUCCUCCUUCAACAUCCUUCAUCAAUCAAGAUGGAUCUUCUUUUGAUUUUGGAGAGCUAGAGGAAGCUAUUGUGUUACAAGGAGUUAAGAUCAACUGCAACAACAACAAUGAUGAAUCAAAACCAUCACCUUUAUAUGCAGCAUCGGUCAGGCCAGCAGCAACUCUGGAAAUGUUCCCUUCUUGGCCCACUAGACUCAUUCAGACUACUACCGGAGGGAGUUCAAAGUCAGGAGGAGAAAGUACUGAUGAUUCUGGUUCAGCUUUGAAUAAUAAUACUCUAUCAAGUAGAGGUGAUCAGACCAGAUUAGACACAGAAUCUCCUGUUAGCAGAAGAACAUCUUCAGAAACUCAACAAGCCCAGAAUAAUCAUCUUCAUCAUCUACAAAAUCAGCAACAGCUUCAGCUAGAUCAGCAGAAACAAAAUCACCAGCACCAAAUGGCUAAUAUUAAUAAUAAUCAUGAUGGACCAAAAUCGGAGAUGAUUCUACAUGCUCAAGCUCAGCCUUCAUCAGCCAAGCCCACAACAGAAAAGAGAAGAGGGCCUGGUUCAACUUCAGACAAAGUGCUCGAUGCCAAGACAUUGAGGCGUUUAGCUCAAAAUAGAGAAGCAGCAAGGAAAAGCAGGCUAAGAAAGAAAGCUUAUGUUCAACAACUGGAAACAAGUAGGAUAAGGCUUACUCAAAUUGAACAAGACCUUCAAAGAGCUCGUGCUCAGGGAAUUUUCUUGGGUGGAGGUGGUCCUGGUGGAAACAUCAGCUCAGGAGCUGCAAUGUUUGACAUGGAAUAUGCAAGAUGGCUAGAUGAUGAUCAAAGGUACAUGUCUGAGCUUCGGACAGCAUUACAAGCUCACUUGGUGGACGGUGAUCUCCGGGUUAUAGUUGAUAGAUACUUUCAACACUAUGAUGAGAUCUUCCAACUCAAAGGAGUAGCAGUAAAAUCUGAUGUGUUCCAUCUCAUAACUGGAAUGUGGACUACUCCAGCUGAAAGGUGUUUUCUUUGGAUGGGCGGUUUCCGGCCCUCUGAGCUGAUCAAGAUGUUGAUAGCACAAUUGGACCCUUUAACUGAGCAGCAAGUUGUUGGGAUUUACGGUCUCCAGCAUUCUUCACAACAGGCAGAAGAGGCUUUAACCCAAGGCUUAGAACAGCUGCAACAAUCCUUGGUUGAAACCAUAGCCAGUGGCACUGUGAAUGAUGGAAUGCACCAUAUGGCUGUUGCUUUGGGCAAACUCACCAAUCUUGAAGGCUUUGUUCGUCAGGCUGAUAAUUUAAGACAACAGACACUUCACCAUCUGCCAAGAAUAUUGACGGUUCGACAAGUAGCAAGAUGCUUUUUGGUGAUUGGGGAAUACUAUGGUCGACUUCGAGCUCUAAGUUCCCUUUGGGCAUCAAGGCCAAGAGAGAGUAUGAUUGGGGAUGAGACCUCUUGCCAAACCUCAUCAGAAUUGCAGAUUGUACAAGUACAACAAUCUUCUCAGAAUCAAUUCUCAAACUUCUGAUGUAUUGUGAUUAGCUAGCUAUUUAGCUCCAUGAUGAUGAUUAGCGUAAUAUGAUAAUUAUUAAAAGGGUAUUUGGUGAUGUCCAAAUUAAAUUAUUAGUUCUUUAAUUUGCCUCCUAGCUAGUACUCCUAUCCCUCCUCUUAGCUUUUAGGCCAGUCUCUCUAUCUGUGCUAUAUAUAUAUAUUAGAGAAGAAAGAGUAGGAUUCAAUGGCAAAUUUUUUCUAACUCUCGAUUUCGUGGUAAGAUCUUCCUAAUCUUGUAGUAUUAGCAUAUUUUGUAAAUGUAAAAUCAAUCCUUUGUUAAUCGCCCCGGUGUAAAGGGGGGAUUCGGUUCUACAUUUGUUCGCAAAAUCAUUGAAAACCCAAAAAGAAAAAAAAUCAUUUGAAAACUAGAAUUUAUAGUGACUGAUUUUGAUUUGAUUUAACACUCCAGAUUCUAGACUAACCUCUCUUCAAAAUCAACAUUUCAAUAUUGUAAUACAUGGAUUUCUAUAAAGAAUUUUUCAACUUCACCAACAAAACUUCAUAUUUUUUCCAUUGAUUCAACACGAAAAACUAUUCAUACACACUAAUAGUUAGCCAGGAUGCAACUUAAACAAGAGAUAAUUAAUGGUGUUUAUGGACUUCAAUGUGAUGACAAUAAAUAUUAGAAUAAAAAUUGAAAGCCGAGUUAAAAGGAUUAGC